AUGCUCUUCCGCCGGUUUGCCUCGACGUCCCGUGUUCUCCCUCCGACCAUCCGCCAGCUACUCUCGCCUUCUCAAGUUUCCAGCAAGGAUGCUCUCGUCGAAGUCAAUGGAUGGGUCAAGUCUGUACGCCGGCAGAAGAAUGUCGUGUUUGCCGUCGUGAGUGACGGUACCUGUGCUUCGGGUAUGCAAGCCGUCUUGAAGACCGAUCUUGCCCCCAAGAGUCUCACGAAUGGCGCAAGUGUGCGUCUUUGUGGUCGCUUGGUAGAAAGUCGUGGUCGUGGCCAAGCUCGAGAACUUCAGGUAGAGGAAGUCAAUGUCACUGGGGACUCCGACCCAGACGCAUAUCCUAUUCAAAAGCAAUCAUUGUCAACAGAGUACCUCCGCGACCAUGUCCAUCUACGCUCUCGGACGGACACUAACGCAGCCAUGCUUCGCGUUCGCAACUCGUUGCUCCAUUCAAUACAUAACUUCUUUGAGGGAGAAGAUUUCUGUUAUGUUCAUACUCCCAUAUUGACUUCAAGCGACUGUGAAGGCGCAGGGGAGACUUUCCGUGUACAGCCUACAGCCUCUAUUCCUGCGAAUGGGCCAGACAUUUUUGCACCUGUCAGCAACAUUACGACGCCGGCUCCCUCUUCAUCAACCGAGAACCCCGAAAACAAGGAAUUCUUUGGCAAACCAACGUACUUGACCGUAUCUUCCCAGCUGUACUUGGAGGCUAUCGCGUCGUCACUAUCCCGCGUUUACACCCUAUCCCCCGCAUUUCGCGCUGAACGCUCGCAGACUUCACGACAUCUCGCCGAAUUCUGGAUGCUCGAGGCCGAAUGGGCAUUCAUUCACAGCGUGGAUGACCUGUGUUCUCUCGUCGAGAACUCUGUCAAGGCUACUCUACGCAGCUUCCUAGAGCAAGAGGAUGAUAUUAGUGCGCUGUGGGGAAACAACGACGCUGCUGAAAAAGAUCGCCGACUGUCCGUUCUUCGGCAAGCGCGUGACGCAUCGAGCUGGCCACGAAUGACCUACACCAAGGCUAUCGAAAUACUCCAAAAGCAGCAUGAAGCUUCUCCUUUCGAGUUUGAGCCGAUAUGGGGAAAUGGGCUACAGAGCGAGCACGAGCAGUGGCUAGCAGCAUCCUUGGGCGGACCCGUCUUUGUCACGGACUAUCCCAAGGCAAUUAAACCGUUCUACAUGCGCCUGAACUCAGACAAGAUCCCUGUGGGCGAGGAAGGACAUUCUCGCGAGACUGUCGCGUGCUUUGACCUGCUCAUACCCGAAGUCGGCGAGCUCGUAGGCGGUUCGGUCCGUGAAGAACGGCUCGAUUUCCUGCUAGAGGCGCUGUGCGCCCAUGGCCUCGCUUCCCGUGGACCCAACGGGAUUGAUGUCAAGGACGAGUACAAGUGGUAUGUAGACCUGCGUCGGUACGGGAGUGCGCCGCAUGGAGGAUUCGGGCUGGGCUUCGAGAGGCUGGUGAGCUGGGUGACUGGGAUUGAGAAUGUACGAGAGUGUAUUGCUAUGCCGAGAUGGGCGGGAAGGAUGGUCGUUUGA